GGGCUGGCGCAGCGAGGCCAGAGCGGGGCAGCCGGGAUGCUCAGGGCUACGGAGCCGCUGCCCGGGGAGGCGAAAGCGGAGGGGGCCGCGCCGCCAACCCCGUCCAAGCCGCUCACGUCCUUCCUCAUCCAGGACAUCUUGCGGGACGGCGCGCAGCGGCGAGGCGGCCACACGGACAGCCCGAGACGGCGCGACCCGGAGCCAGAGCCAGAGCCGGAGGGAGGACGCGGCCCCGCCGGGGUACAGAACGACCAGCUGAGCCCCAGGCCCCGCGCCGCGCCGGAGGAGGCCGAGACGCUGGCGGAGACGGAGCCAGAAAGGCACUUGGGGUCUUAUCUGUUGGACUGUGAAAACACUUCAGGCUCCCUUCCAAGCCUCCCCCAAACCCCUAAGCAGCCGCAGAAGCGCUCUCGAGCUGCUUUCUCCCACACUCAGGUGAUCGAGUUGGAGAGGAAGUUCAGCCAUCAGAAGUACCUGUCGGCCCCUGAACGGGCCCACCUGGCCAAGAACCUCAAGCUCACGGAGACCCAAGUGAAGAUAUGGUUCCAGAACAGACGCUAUAAGACUAAGAGAAAGCAGCUCUCCUCGGAGCUGGGAGACUUGGAGAAGCACUCCUCUUUGCCGGCUCUGAAAGAGGAGGCCUUCUCCCGGGCCUCCCUGGUCUCCUUGUAUAACAACUAUCCUUACUACCCAUACCUGUACUGCGUGGGCAGCUGGAGCCCAGCUUUUUGGUAAUGCCAGCUCAGGUGACAACCAUGUAUGAUCAAAAACUGCUUUCCCCAGGGUGUGGCUAUGAAAAGCACAAGGGGCCAAGGUCAGGGAGCAAGAGGUGUGCGCAACAAAGCUAUUGGAGAUUUCUGUGGAAAUCUCACAUCUUCACUACUGAGACAAUGAAACAACAGAGACAGUGAACGUUUUAAUAUCUAAGUCUGUCCCCCAGUGCAUACUGUAGGUCAUUUUUUUGCUUCUGGCUACCUGUUUGAAGGGGAGAGAGGGAAAAUCAAGUGCUGUUCUCAGCUCUUUGCAUGAUUUUGGAGGAACUGUACACGUGAGGAUUCUGUUCUACAACUCCAUCCUCCUGUGUCACUGAAUAUCAACUCUGAAAGAGCAAACCUAACGGGAGAAAGGACAGCCAGGACGAGGAUGUCACCAACUGAAUUAAACUUAAGUCCAGAAGCCUCCUGUUGGCCUUGGAAUAUGGCCAAGGCUCUCUCUGUCCCUGUAAAAGAGUGGGGCAAAUAGAGGGUCUCCAAGAGAACACCCUCAUGCUUAGCACACAUUUGCAUGGGAGGGGGAGAUGGGUGGGAGGAGAUGAAAAUAUCAGCUGCUUCUUAUUCCUUUUUAUUCCUUUUAAAAUGGUAUGCCAACUUAAGUAUUUACAGAGUGGCCCAAAUAGAACAAGAUGCACUGGCUGUGAUUUUAAGACAAGCUGUAUAAACAGAACUCCACUGCAAGAGGUGGGGCCGUGCCAGGAGAAUCUCCACAUGUCCAAGACAGGAGCCUAAGGAGGGUCUCCACACUGCUGCUCGGGACUGUUGCGUUUUUUGUUAGCAGAAAGUGGAAAGGACUCUCCUCAACUUUUUUCUCCCAGACUGGAGAAUUUAGAAUCAGAAGUUUCCUGGAGUUUUCAGGCUAUCAUAUAUACUGUAUCCUCAGAGGCAACAUAUUUCUUCCUUCCCUCCUUUUACAAUUUUUUGUUCCUUUUUUGCAGCAAUUACUCACUAAAGGGCUUCAUUUUAGUCCAGACUUUUAGUCUGGCUGCACCUAACUUAUGCCUCACGUAUUUAGCCCGAGAUCCCAAGAUCUGGUCUUUUUUUUUUUUUUUUUUUUUUUUU